UACCACUUCGAGCGGCCUUAGAUUCCCUCCAGCGAUACAAAGCUCUUCAACGUGAGAGCGAGUAUGAAAAAGCAGAAUGUCGUCGUCUUCGAGACCAACUUCGCAAUAGCACACUAACCACGGACCGUGGCUCCAGAACAUCUCGUGCUAUGGAAGACGGUCUACUUGCUAGGAUCGAGGCAAUGGAGACUGAACGUGUCCUGUGAGCUGCUACUCAUAAGUGAUGAAUAUUGUUUAAAUGAUUUCUCCGCAGAGAGAUGUCGCAAUUGCGAUCUCAGUUGCAAAGCCUUGACAAUCCCCGACCUCGAUACCUCGUGAUUAAUACUAAUCCCCUCCCCCCUCAGCAAAACUCCUUACCUCGCAGAUUAAAUUUUGGUACCCACAUCCGAAUGGGACAUCUGAGUCUCUUUCCCUUGCACGGCCAUCGGCUGACACCCUGGAUUUCAGUUGUCUUUUCGUUGAUUAUCUUCUGCAGUAUCAUCGAGCUUUCAAUCUCGGCCUGGCUCACGUCGCGUUUUGUUGCUUACCACAACUACUUCAGUCUAGCUGAACGAGACCGCACUUGUUUUCUCUUGUUCACUUCAGGAUGGACAAUCAUAUUAUCCAGUGUCUCCAUGUGUUUCUCCUCUUGUCCUCCAGGGAGUGUUCUAUUUUUAACAUGGAUUUUCUGGACCGCGGGCGCUACAAGUAUAACUACAGCUCUCAGUGGAGAACUGAUUCACAAGUUGGUAACAUCUUCUUUCAACUCACUGCUCACCUCGUAUUUUCCUAGUACCCAGGGCGUCGUAUAUCUUGUUCAACUUAACGCGCUACAAGGCUUUGCGUGGGUUAAUGAGGCUCUUGUAACUUUCGCAUUACUAGUUGUGAUCAUCCGCAGCAUUCUCACUGAUUGAAUGCAUGUGGCCACUAGCGCUUACGCGGGCUGUUGUCUUUUACUUCUUUUUCCUCCAUCUACGUCGUGCAUUGUACAUGGCUGAUAUACAGCUCCUUCCAUUCCUCUCCCGCGUGAUCCAAACUUAGUUGUACCGUAUCCCAAGGGUUUACACGUCUCAAGAUCCAUGUUUAAAACAGAUGAUAUUCGUGUCCAUCCUCAUAGUGCUAUCUAAGUCGCUGCGAUGGCUUGUCAAUUCUCUGGCCAAAUUUUAACAUCACAGGCAGGCACAAUUGUACAAG